CCCAUAAAGAGUUGUCCUAUUAUUGUAGACAUGUCUAUGGACAAUUACAGAAAUGUUUUAUAGGGUUGUUGUUGGAAUAUUUUAGUUUGAUUAUUUUGAAGAGAAAAGGAACACCAAGUAAAAGUUAUAGUUUUUUUUGGUUUAAAGUAAAGUAAAAAUGUCCAAGGGAAAGGUAGUUGUUGAUUGGAAGAAGAGAGUAAAAGCUGAAUAUGCAAAAAUUCGCCAACAAAAGAGGCACAAGCGCGCGGAUGAAGUGAAGAACGCGUGGUGUCGCAACCGGGAGGAUAUGGAGAAAACUCUGAUUGUGGAGAAUGAUCGUUGGAAGGAGGGAGUAAAUGCUGAAUGGGAUCCAAAAGAAGUUGAGCCUCCACAUAUUGAAUGCAUGAAGAAGGCAGAAUGCGUGAGUCUUGAUGGGGAAAUUGAGGAUUCCGUACCCAUCCGGACAAUCAAUGCAGUCACCCCAAUUCCCACAAUGUACACAUGGGUGCCAACACAGCAGAAUUUCAUGGUUGAAGAUGAGACAGUUCUGCACAAUAUCCCAUACAUGGGAGAUGAAGUUCUCGAUCAGGAUGGAACGUUCAUUGAGGAACUCAUUAAAAACUACGAUGGGAAGGUUCAUGGGGACAAGGAGGGCAGCUUCAUUGACGAUGCUAUCUUUGUUGAGCUCGUUCAUGCCCUUAUGCAGUACGCCGAGAAGGAUGACGUGAAGGAACCCGUGGAAAAGAAGGCAGAACCACGAGAAUUGAGGAAUAAGUCCGCGAGUCAAGAGGAGAAGGUUAAAAGUGACAAAGAUGAGGUGAAAGUUAAGAAAGAACAAAAUGAAGAACCAUCAUCGAGUAGCUCCAAGAAGGAGCUGCUUUUGGUGAUUAAAAAGGAAUUCCCCGAACCACUGGCAACACCUUUCCCUCCCCCGAUAAUAUUCCAAGCAAUUAGCCAGCAAUUUCCCGAUAAAGGAACUGCACAGGAGCUAAAAGAGAAGUACAUCGAAUUAACAGAAAGAACUGACCCAGAUCGUCCACCUGAAUGCACCCCAAAUAUUGAUGGAGUCAAAGCGGAAAGUGUCUCAAGGGAGCAGACUCUUCACUCCUUCCAAACUCUCUUCUGUCGUCGUUGCUUCAAAUACGAUUGCUUCCUGCACCGACUUCAAGCCUGCCAGCCGGGUCCAAAUUUACAAAAACGUCGCUUCCCAGAGCUCAAACCCUUUGCCGAACCGUGCAGCCCAACCUGCUAUAUGCUUCUGGAUGGGAUGAAGGAGAAAAUAGCAGCUGACAAUAAGGAGAAAUCUCAGAAUGACUCGAGCAAUGAUGCCAGUUCGGAGGAUAGCAAUGACAGCAAUAGUCGCUGCUCGAAGGAUUUUCAGAAUUCCAAGGAAACCCCGACGCUGACGGCCGCCUCAUCGGCUGAGAUAACAUCCCUAAUGGGUGCCAGUAGUCAAACUGAGUGGACAGGAUCGGAUCAAUCACUCUUUCGUGCCCUUCAGAAGGUCUGCUUGACAAAUUACUGCGCCAUGGCACAGAUGAUGCUCACAAAGACCUGCCAGCAACUCUAUGAAUUCGGGCAGAAGGAAGCAGCUGAUAUCCCGCCGGAAGAUCUUCGUCAGGACUACACACCACCGCGGAAGAAGAAGAAGAAGCACCGCCUGUGGUCGGUGCACUGUCGCAAGAUUCAGCUGAAGAAGGAUUCAUCGUCAAAUCAUGUCUACAACUUCACCCCGUGCGAUCAUCCGGGGCCCUGCGAUGUGAAUUGCUCAUGCAUUGGAGCACAGAAUUUCUGUGAGAAAUUCUGCAAUUGCAGCAGUGAUUGCCAGAAUCGCUUCCCCGGAUGUCGAUGUAAGGCACAAUGCAACACAAAGCAGUGCCCCUGCUAUCUUGCUGUGAGAGAAUGCGAUCCAGAUUUGUGCCAAAUGUGUGGAGCUGAUCAGUUUAAGCUUAAUAAAAUUACAUGCAAAAAUGUCUCCGUUCAGCGUGGAUUACACAAACAUCUACUGAUGGCCCCCUCGGAUGUGGCUGGAUGGGGAAUUUUCCUAAAGGACAGCGCACAGAAGAAUGAAUUCAUUUCUGAGUAUUGUGGUGAGAUAAUCUCACAGGAUGAGGCAGAUCGACGUGGGAAGGUGUAUGACAAGUACAUGUGCAGCUUCCUCUUUAAUCUCAACAAUGAUUUUGUGGUUGAUGCCACGCGGAAGGGCAAUAAAAUACGUUUUGCCAAUCAUUCCAUUAACCCCAAUUGCUAUGCGAAGGUAAUGAUGGUUAAUGGGGAUCAUCGAAUUGGGAUUUUCGCCAAGAGGGCCAUUCAGCCGGGGGAGGAGUUGUUCUUUGACUACAGAUACGGUCCAACGGAGCAGUUGAAAUUCGUCGGGAUUGAAAGGGAAAUGGAAUUCCUCUGAAUGUUUCUUUCUGCGGGGGGAAGCUUUGUGCUUUGUUUUGUAUUAUUCUUAUGCUGGAUUCAUUAAUAAAAAUUUUCAAUGCUUUUCAUGA